ACUUCGCUUCGUCCCUGCCCUCGAAAUAUUCGCCAUUGCGCGCGUCCGGGCCUUUUCCCUCGUCUCUCGUCCCUCUUCCCUUCUUCUAUUACUGAGUCUUCUUCUACUUCUUAUCUCUCUGUAGUUUCAUUAUCGUCCUCUCUGCGGUCUGCCGUCCGCCGUCUCUUCUUCUUCUCUCUGCUCUCCCACCCCCCCCCCCCACAAUGUCCGGCCCAUCUCCACCGGCAAACCAAGACUACAACGACCCCCUCGGGGCCAUCCCCUCCGACGACCUCGACCUCGAGCGCGGCGACACACACCGCUCCGUCAUCUCCGGCCGCGACAGCCUAGACGAUGAAGCCUCGCCGCUCCUCGUCCGGUCAACCACCGCCACCACCUUGGCCUCCACCCAGGGAUCGGAGUUAAUGAGAGUAGAAACCAAAUCAGCCCCCAUCGAGCAGCUCAGCAUCCUCGACCGCUACCUCCCGCUCUGGAUCGUGCUCUCCAUGGCCAUCGGCAUCCCGAUCGGCUACUUCUACCCCGACCUGGGCGAGAAGCUCGAGCGCGGCGGCUUCGCCGGCGUCUCUAUCCCCAUCGCCAUCGGCCUCCUCAUCAUGAUGUAUCCCAUCAUGUGCAAAGUCCAGUUCGAGUCCCUGCACCGGCUGCUCGUCGUCAAAGCCCUCUGGGCCCAGGUCGCCAUCAGUCUCGUCAUCAACUGGAUCGUCGCCCCGCUCGUCAUGGUCGGUCUCUCCUGGCUCUUCCUCCCGGACGAACCUGAGCUGCGCGAGGGCUUGAUCAUGGUCGGCGUCGCGCGCUGCAUCGCCAUGGUCAUGAUCUGGAUCGAGCUUUCCGAAGGCGACACCGACUACGGCGCCAUCCUCACCGCCGUCAACUCCAUCCUGCAGAUGUUUUUAUUCGCCCCCACCGCCAUGUUUUACAUCAACGUCAUCGGCAAGAACGCAGACCACCUCGACAUCCCCUACGCCGUCGUCGCAAAGUCGGUCGCCAUCUUCCUCGGCCUGCCAUUACUCUUCGCCGUCGUCACGCGCGUCAUCUGCCGCGGCCACCUCGUCAGCGUGCAGACCUACGACGAGAAAUUCCUCUCCUUCCUCGAGCCUUUCUCGCUCCUCGGCCUGCUAUUCACCAUCCUCGUCAUGUUUGCCUCCCAAGGCCGCGAGGUCAUCACCCAGCUCACCUCCGUCCUGCGAGUCAUGGUCCCGAUGUUUACCUACUUUGUCAUCCUCUUCUUCGGCACCUUAUACAUCUGCUACCGCAUGGGCUACACCUACAAGAUCUGCUCCGCCCAGGCCUUCACCGCCGCCAGCAAUAACUUUGAGCUCGCCAUCGCCGUCAUCGUCUCCUACUACGGCAUCACCUCGCGACAGGCCCUGGCCGCUACCGUCGGCCCUCUGCUCGAGGUCCCUGUCCUCCUCUCGUUCGUCUACGUCAUGCAGCACUACAAAGACCGCAUCGCUUGGGGCCACUGGGGUAGCACCGAGGUCAUCUCCGGCGCGACUGUCUAGAGACCUAUCUCAAAAGCAACUCUACCAAAGUUCUUGUAGUUAUGUUUUUUCUAUUAUUUUACUCGAUAUCUAUUAUCUUAUUAUUGCUUGGGGCGUAACCUAACGACAUGUUUGGCUUAAAUUUUCAAAUUUUUUCUCUUUUUUAUCUAAUGUGCUUGGGUUUCUAGACUUGGGAUGGGUUAUGUUUGUAAUAUAAUCAUCAUAAUAUAUUUGUUAUACAAUUGCAAUUAAUC